ACGUCACAUUUAAAGCGACAUCAUUUUAACAGUUGAGGGACUUAUUUACGUUUCGGUGCGUGUGAGUAUGGCCCCUGAAAGAGAAAUUGAUGUCGCGACAUGACUGGAGCUCGUGCGAAAUGUCAGCCAAUCAGAGCAGAGAGGGGCCUGUGACGUAACUGGGCAAGGUUGAUGCGAAAUUUGUGCAAGUUUACCACUGUACAUUUCAAUCUUGUCUCAGUGGCAUGUCGACGCUUGAACCGAUAGGAUAUGCCUCUAAACAGCUUGAGCGAUUAAAAAGACGAUAUAAGAAAUGAGCAUGCGCUGACAGUUGCGAAUAUUGAUAAAAUUUUGUUUUCAAGUUCGUGAAAAUUUUGGUAUUGGUAUAACUACGAGAAAGUGAUAGACUGAUUAGAAGCGGGGGAAUUCGAGAGUCGAGAAUAACGUGAUAAAUAAUUGAUCGAAGAUACUUGCCAAUAUAUUUUGGAAAUUUGUUUGGAUCAUUUUUUGUUGUCUAUUCGUUAUAACGAACGCUCGUUAAAAAUGGUCGUUAAGAAGAAGGAACAUAUUGACGAUGUGCAACCAAAAACGGUUGAUGAUCAUUUUGAGCUUAUAAUGAACGAUAAGGAAGUCAUUGACGAGGAACCGGCAGAUUUGUCAUCGGAAGAUCUUCCAGAGUGGUACGAGGAGAGACUGUUUAAAAUCGGACAAGAAUAUUACAAGAACAACAAGUUGGCAUUCGCAGUAGCAAGUUUGACUGGUGUAAUGGCUGUUUUGUCUAAUCCCGAUAUAUUAAAGAUUUUAAUUUAUACUAAACAAAGCGGUACACAAUGCACGGCCUUCAGACGCUAUCUGGAAACUCUAUUACAUAUGUAUACUUGGUACACAUGCGAUGUAACUGAUAUUACAUCAAGGUGGUACAAGUCUUUGAACACGAUUCGUUGGAAACAUAGCUCAAACAGCAAAAGAUCCAGAGUUGCAGGUUAUGGUGCAAUAACGCAAAGGGACAUGGUAUUGACCCAAUUUGGCUUUUUCGGUUUUAUCCUUGUGGAGCCGAAAAAAUUGGGUAUUUUAAGUAGCCCCGAGGAACUCGAGGGCAUUAAUCAUUAUUGGCGAGUGUUCGGUCACAUGAUUGGGAUUUCGGACAGGUUCAAUUUGUGCCGUAAAAAUGCGGCAGAAACAACAAAGCUCUGUUACAGAAUACAGCGUGAAGUAUAUAGAAAGUAUUUUGAAAAUGUGUCAAAAGAAUUUGAAAAAAUGUGCGAAGUUUUAGUGAACGGUUUGUGGAUAACUGAUCUUUCAUUGGAUUACGAUGCCCUCAUGUAUUUUACGUAUUCGUUGGUGAAUGUUCCCUAUAAAAAACCAUUGGGUCUCUAUAGUUGGCUAAACCACAAGUAUCGAGUUACCGUGUUAUACUUGUGCUCUGUUCCGAUCAUUGGUUAUCUUAUGAGAACAUAUUUCAACUAUUUCUUGACACUGAAUUAUUGGCUUAUGGAAAACUUCCCUAUACUGCCGAUCAUUCGAUUUGGACGAAAGGAAUCGCGAAUUAAUCUUUAUCCGAAAUAUCAUUGAUUGAAUGUAUGUAAAUAAUAUUCGUGAUUGGCACGCUAUAGAAUUUUCUGAAAUUUAUAGCGCGUCUCAUUUGGAAACUUGUAAAACCGUGACGAGCAUCUUGAAUCGCUACUAGGAAAAAUCUUAAAUGAAAAUUAUCGGACAUGAAGUAGAUUGGUAGAUGGAUUGGAUAGAUGGUUAUGAAAUAUCUGUGAAAUUCAUUAUUUAUGGAUAUUAUGAAUAGUAAUGCAAAAUAGCAAUUCGAGCUGCUAUCGUUGAAUAGGUAAUAUUGAAUACAAAAAGAAAUAAGCAGUAGAAAUAAUAAUAUUUCUGUACAAUAAAUUCUCUCUUUUUAUUUCAAUGGUA